GGUGUUACCUCGACCAAUCGCCGCGAGUGUCAGCUGAUUAGCGCGGCGGCGAGGCCGGCGCACGGCUUUUGACACUCGGUAGUGACUGGAGUGCUGCCUCUGUGACGGGACGUGUCCGCGCUCGGCCGCCAGCGGCGCCAGCGUGCUGCAGCCGCCAACUGGACGACCCGCGCGCCGCGCGCCAAGCUCUGCAGCGGUUGUUUGCGCUUGCUGAUGGUUCCCGCUCGCGGGCCGCGGCGUCUUCCAUGAGAUUCGACCAGGCGGACAUUCGCGUUCCCGAAAUGGCGUACCCACCGUUCAUGCGGCACCCGGACUUCUCGUCGGGCUCGUUCCUGACGCCGGGCCAGUACUUCCCGGCGCUGCCGCCGCACGUGCCGUACCCGCAGUCGCUGAUGCCGAAGCUGCCGCCGGGCCUGGGCCACCCGUUCACGGCCGAAGACGUGCUCGGGCACCAGGGCAGCAUGCGGCCGCCGCGCUGCCUCCAGCCAGAGGAGGACGGCGUCGUCGAUGACCCCAAGGUGACACUGGAGUCCAAGGAGCUCUGGGCGCAGUUCCACAAGUUCGGCACCGAGAUGGUCAUCACCAAGAGCGGCAGGCAAAUGUUCCCGCAGAUGAAGUUCCGUCUGUCCGGUCUCGACCCCAAGUCCAAGUACAUACUGCUGUUGGACAUCGUGGCCGCCGACGACUGCCGCUACAAGUUCCACAACAGCCGUUGGAUGGUGGCCGGCAAGGCCGACCCGGAGAUGCCGAAGCGCAUGUACAUCCACCCGGACAGUCCCGCCUCUGGCGAGCAGUGGAUGCAAAAGGUGGUCUCCUUCCACAAGCUCAAGCUGACCAACAACAUUAGCGACAAGCACGGAUUCCAAACGAUCCUGAACUCGAUGCACAAGUACCAGCCGCGGUUCCACCUGGUGCGGGCGAACGACAUCCUCAAGCUGCCGUACUCAACGUUCAGGACGUACGUCUUCAAAGAAACCCAGUUCAUCGGAGUCACCGCCUACCAGAACGAAAAGAUAACGCAGCUGAAGAUUGACCACAACCCGUUCGCCAAGGGCUUCCGGGACACAGGAGCGGGGAAACGCGAGAAAAAAAGGCCCAACUCGCUGACGUCACCGGGCGGGGGCGGCGGCGGCGACGAGGCCGGCCACCUGGCCAGCGACCAGGCGCGCUCCUCCGACGAGCCGGAGGACGACGACGAGGAGCGCAUGCUCGACGUCGUCGGCGACCGCGCUUCGCCGGCGCCUCCACCGCUGCCAACGCUGCCGACGCUGCCGCCGGCGCCCGGCAGCCCGCCCCGGCCAGACACGCCACUCAUCAAGCAAGAGGCCAAGGAGGAGGUCAAACCCGAGCGGCCGCCGCCGCUCUCGUUCCGACCCUACGACGACAGCCCCAGCAAGAAGCGGUCGCUGACGGCCGAGCGGGAGCCGGAGCCGGAGCCGGAGCCUGAGCCAGAGCCGGAACCGGAGCCGGAGACGUCGCUCCCGCUCAACCUGCUCGGCUCGGCCUCAUCGCCGCUCACUUCCACGGCCGGCUCGUACCUGGGCGCGGCGCAGCUCAACCCCAACCUGCUGUUCAACGCGCACCUGGCGCUGGCCGCCUCGGGGCACUCGUUGUUCGCGCCCGGGUACGCGGGCCUGGCCGGCCUGGGCAUAACGCAGCUGAAGAUUGACCACAACCCGUUCGCCAAGGGCUUCCGGGACACAGGAGCGGGGAAACGCGAGAAAAAAAGGCCCAACUCGCUGACGUCACCGGGCGGGGGCGGCGGCGGCGACGAGGCCGGCCACCUGGCCAGCGACCAGGCGCGCUCCUCCGACGAGCCGGAGGACGACGACGAGGAGCGCAUGCUCGACGUCGUCGGCGACCGCGCUUCGCCGGCGCCUCCACCGCUGCCAACGCUGCCGACGCUGCCGCCGGCGCCCGGCAGCCCGCCCCGGCCAGACACGCCACUCAUCAAGCAAGAGGCCAAGGAGGAGGUCAAACCCGAGCGGCCGCCGCCGCUCUCGUUCCGACCCUACGACGACAGCCCCAGCAAGAAGCGGUCGCUGACGGCCGAGCGGGAGCCGGAGCCGGAGCCGGAGCCUGAGCCAGAGCCGGAACCGGAGCCGGAGCCGGAGCCGGAGCCGGAGCCGGAGCGACGGCGGGCGGACAGUGAGCGCGACAGUGACAGUGAACGGGACGGCAGUGACGCCGAGUGCGGCAGCGCGUUCCGGAGCGUGCGCUCGGAAGGGCCGCGCACCUCGGACGAUGAGCGCCAGCCGAGCACGCACCCGAACGUGUCGGUCGGGCCGCCCAUGCAGCCGCCGCACCUGCUGCCCUACCUGUACUCGCCCGGCCUCUACCCGCACCCAAGCAUGGGUCUGCCGGGGCUCGGCCACCUGCUGCAGCAGAACGCGGCAGCCGCGGCAGCCGCCGCCGCCGCCGCCGCCGCCCAGACGUCGCUCCCGCUCAACCUGCUCGGCUCGGCCUCAUCGCCGCUCACUUCCACGGCCGGCUCGUACCUGGGCGCGGCGCAGCUCAACCCCAACCUGCUGUUCAACGCGCACCUGGCGCUGGCCGCCUCGGGGCACUCGUUGUUCGCGCCCGGGUACGCGGGCCUGGCCGGCCUGGGCGCCGGCUCGCCGCCGGGCGCCGUGCACGCCGAGCGGCUGAAGGCGGCGCGCUUCUCGCCGUACAGCGCACCGCUGACCACGACCACGAGCACGCCGGCACACGGCGCCACGGUCGCCUCGCAGCUGAAGAACAUCGAGAACAUGGUGAACGGACUGCACCGGCGACCGGCGACUGAGAAGUGA